AUGUCUGACGGCGCAAGCAACAACGAACGACUUCUCGCUGCAGCGCGUGAGGAUAAUGAGGAAUUACUCCUACAAGUCUUCGAGGAGGGAAAGUUUGAUAUAAACUACCAGGAUGGCUUGGGCAACACGGCAUUACAUUACGCCGCAUCCCUUGGCAAUCCUACCGUACUUGAACACAUCCUGUCUCACGAAGAGUGUGACGUCGACCCGAUCAACCGCCUGGAGCGCGCAACGCCGCUGCAUCUCGCGCUUCGAAUCCAAGAUGCAGAUCUGCGCAAGAGCGUGGCAGAGAGUCUGUUGGAUGCAGGCGCCGACACGUCAAUCAAGGACAAGCAUGGCGAGACUGCGUUUAAUCUUCUGCGCCCCGACGACAUAGAGAUCCGCGCACUCAUGCGGAAAGCGCAGGCACAGACUGCCAUCUCGCACGAUGACAUUGCUAGUGAUGAUGACGAUGGCGAGCCUGGCUCUGGCUCAGGAUCGGACGAGGAAUGAUUGGAUUUACGGUCCAAGUGGAACGGAGACCUCAUGGAAUUCGGGUGAGAACAUAGAUGAAUCUGUGUACUUGUAUCUCGAGUCGGGACUACUCUCAUAGUUUUUACAAGCAA